AUGUCCAUCGACGAACAAUGCGAAAUUGAGAGCAGCAGAAUCGGCGCUGAGGGCGUCAAGAUGCCGUCCCAGGCUGUUGAGACUCUGAAGAGCGAGCGAAGGAGGCUGCUGUUCGAGAGCAAGCGGGAGCGCGAGUUUUACAGAUACUACCAGCCUAUACGGGAGCUCACCAAGGCUGGACCGCCGCUCUGCGAUGUUGGCAACCCGGAUUCUGUCAAGGCCCAUAGGCCAUUCUCGUCGCCGGACCGUGCGCUCACGGCCUUCUGCCAGCUUGGAGCAGUGAGAUUAGGCACGCGCCGGGCGAUGCUCUUUUUCUUCGAUUCGCAGUAUGCAUACGUGCUUGCAGAAAGUACAAAGACCUUGAGCCUCCAGGACGAUUCCGUCCACGAUGACGAGGAUGACUUGUGGCUUGGUCACACCAAGAUUCCACGAGGCUACUCUGUUUGUGAGCAUACGGUGAUGCUACCAGCCAACCAAGGCACGAACAAAGGCGACCUAAACUCUGGCCUUGUGCACAUUGUGAAUGACUUGAGUCACGAUACCAGGUUCUGUGACCGGCCAUUCGUGACGGGAGGACCUCAAGCCAGAUUCUACGCUGGAGUACCAAUAACCACCCCUAAAGGCAUUAACAUCGGAGCUUACUGCGUGCUAGACGACCAGAAGCGUGACGGCCUAGAUGGUGAUGCUAUCAACUUUAUGCGGGAUAUGGCUGCCACUGUCAUGACACAUCUGGAGAUGGUUCGUGCUACUGGUGAGCACAAGAUCGGAACUCAGAUGAUUGCAGGUCUCGGUGCUUUCAUCGACGGUGCAUCAGGCUUCCGCGACUGGGCGGCGCAAAAAGGAGACUGGGGCGUGGACGAAGAUCCAAAUCUGUACCAUCCUCUUGGUGUACAGCCUAUGACCGCGAAUGUCUCGGCUGUGGCUCAAGCAGCCGUACAAGUGAGCGAACAUCUUGAGGAGGAACGGCGUUCAAACAUCAAUCCAGCAGUGACAAGCUCGUCACCAAAACGGAACAGAUCAAGGACUGCGACGAUCUCUGGCAGCGGCUCAUCAAGCCCCUUGAACCCAAAACCUACCGCCGCGACACUGCAAAUCAGAAAGAGUCACGAGAAUGUGGCUGACGCUGGACAACCUACUGUGCAAAGAACUUUCGAACGCGCUAGUAAUCUGGUGCGUGAGGCUAUGUGCAUCGAUGGUGUCAUGUUCCUCGAUGCGGCGGUCGGCACGUUUGGAGGUCUAGUGGAGACUUCUCCAGCAGAGUCAAGUCACACCGAGCACAGCUCUGACUGUCAUGGAAGCACUGCCGAUGGCGCCACGACCGGAACAAGUGCAGACGAGAGAAUGACGAAGAAGUCCGAUAGCAGUGAUCAAGUACCAAAACACUGCCACGUGCUUGCAUCAUCAAGCAUACCGCAACCUUUGGAUGAGUUCCUGCUGGAGAAACGGACAGAGCCCUACGAAGAACCCCAGGAUAUGACGGAAAAGUUCCUUCGAUCUCUGCUCAGACGCUAUCCCCGUGGGAAGAUAUGGAGCUUCAACGAGUACGGCGAUGCUUCGUCUGAUGAUGACUCUUCGGAAGGUAAUACUGAUGGAAGUUCUUGCCGCUGCUCGGCAGGCAGCAUGUCCCACGAGGUGAAGAACCACAGCGCAAACUGCUCGAAACGGCGCAAGAGAGGCCGGCGAGACGAUGGUAGAGAGAUAGUCAAGCUUUUCCCGGGUGUCCGGAGUGUUGGUUUGGUCGGCAUGUGGGAUCACACUCGCCAACGGUGGUAUGCGGCGUGCAUGUUCUGGUCUUACUCACCUCUCAGGCUAUUCUCCGAGGAGUCCGAAGUGAAGUACAUGACCGCUUUCUGUGAUGUGAUUCUGGCUGAGUUGCACCGCCUGGAGGCUCAGGACUCUGACAAGGCAAAGUCUGACUUCAUCUCGACCAUCUCACACGAGUUGAGGUCUCCAUUGCACGGCAUCCUGGGCAGCGUCGAAUGUCUGCAAGAGCAGCCGACAGACUCCUUCAGCACCGAUCUGAUCUCCCAGGUCGAGAUAUGCGGAAGGACUUUACUGGACAUCAUCGAUCACCUUCUAGACUUUAGCAAGAUCAACCAUCAAGCCAAGACUCGAAACAAAGACGCACAAGCUGGCAGACUGACCUCUGGCUCGACGAAACGCACUCGAAUGGGAGGCGUGAUGGCACUGGAUGCCAACGUAGCCCUGGACCAGGUGACAGAAGAGGUUGUCGAAACUGCAGUGUACUCGUUCUGCUGCAGUAGAGAUGCAGAUACUGUUCUGAACCGCAAAGUCGCUGUCAUUCUGGACAUCGACCGUACUGCAGACAUCAAUUGGCACGUCUUCGUCGCGUUAGGGGCCUGGAAGCGAAUCUGCAUCAACCUCGUGAGCAACGCUUUGAAGUAUACAAGUAAAGGACAUAUCCGGGUGUCGCUCAAAGCAUCGCCAAUACCGGACAAGCGCAAGCGGUUCAAUGUUACGUUCGCCGUGAGCGACACCGGACGCGGGAUGUCCAGGGACUUCCUCGAGAACCACUUGUUCCGCGCCUUUGCACAAGAAGACAGUCUUGUGGAGGGGACUGGACUAGGUAUGAAUCUAGUGGCGAAGAUUGUGAAGAGCCUCGAAGGCAGAAUUGAAGUUCAGAGCGAAAGAGGCGUCGGCACCACUUUUGCGAUCACUCUACCUCUGGAGCAGACCCGCAGCAGUAAGGACACAGGUUCGAAGAGUUCUCUGCGAUCGCUAGAACGGAUCAUCUCCGGAGUGUCGGUUGGCGUUGUUGACAGUAGCUCUACACCUUUAGCCAGUUCGACUGGUCAAGUUCCGGAUGAGACCGCCAAAAGCUUGCUCCUGUCAAGCGUACACAAGACUCUCAAUCAAGUCGGCGUGAAUGCAUUCCCUUGCACAUGGGCUGGCGACGACGGCGCUGAUAUGUACAUCGUGACCGAGGGCGAGCUGGGAGAGGAGCUGAAGCGACGGCAAGACAUGGGCUGCGCAGACACUGUGAUGUCGCCAAGCGCACUCAGCAACAAACCUUUCAUUGUCCUCUGCGACAGCACACUCAGUGCCAGGAAAAUACGAGCUCCCGGCUUCGGCAACAUCGCCACUGGAUAUGUCGAGCUCAUUGCCCAACCAGCAGGACCGGAUCGAUUGGCCAAGGCGAUGGUACAAUGCGUUCGUAACAGGAGUAUGACCAACGAUCCUUUCUCCCUCGCUGGUGCUAUCACGCCUGGCGUGAGUGAACAGCCACCUGGGAGCACGAGUCCCCAGAAUCUCCCUGUAAGAGAGCGAAAGGAUACCUGCUUGGGUAGCCCAGACGCUGACUCUUUUGCGAAGGACCGAACGAAAGCCGACGCCGGCAAUGAAGAGUCGGAGCAGUUGCGAGUGGCUAAGCUCGAGCGUGGUCUGGCGUCUGAUUACAAGUUCCCUCGUGUGCCUACGCCUUCGUUGAAUGGCUCGAGGCCUGAGAGGAAGACUUCGACACACAAGUCGACACAGACUUCGAAGGAUCCGUCCGAGAAGAAGAGAGGCGCUGGCGUCUCGCUCUUGCUGGUCGAUGAUAAUCCAAUCAACCUCCAGCUUCUAGUUACUUAUGCCGACAAGUUCGGCCACCGUAAGCAAGUAGCCACAGAUGGUCUACAAGCAGUCGAGGCAUACAAGAACGCUUGCUCAGACGCUGUAACUCCAACGGGCGAGGAAACGGAGUCACCAAAGAAGCCCAACGAGGAUGCACUAGUGAAGCCUCAAGUCGUUCUGAUGGACAUCAACAUGCCCAUCCUCAACGGCUUCGAAGCAACGCGACAGAUUCGUGGCUUUGAGAAGCAAAAGAGUCUUGAGCCAGCAACCAUCAUUGCCCUGACUGGUCUUGGCAGUGCAAGUGCACAGCAGGAGGCUUUUAGCUCGGGAGUGGAUCUCUUCUUGACGAAACCGGUGAGGCUGAAGGAGUUGACGAAGAUUUUGGAUGGGAUACGGGAUCCGAAGAAGUGA